CGCAUCGCGUUGUAGAAAGAAAAGCCAAGAUGGAGGAAAGCUCUUCUAAACAUAUACCAGAAAACCUGGACGAUCCUCCCAACAGCCGUCUGUUUGUGGUCACAAGUCGGUGUAUAACAGAAGAUGAGCUUCGGGAUAGUUUUUCCAGUUUUGGGGGCAUUCAGGGGGUCUGGCUGGUUAAAGACAAGCAAACAAAGGAGCCAAAAGGUGUCUCCUAUGUUAAGUUUGCCAAGUCGUCACAGGCCUGUUUGGCCAUGGAGGAAAUGCAUGGAAAGGUGCUGCUGGAGGGGACUAAACCAAUAAAGGUGUUUAUAGCACAGUCACGGUCGUCAACCAGACAUAGAGACGUUGAGGAUGAAGAGCUGACCAGGAUCUUCGUCAUGAUUCCCAAAACCUUCACAGAGGAGGACCUCAAAAACACAUUCAGAGAGUUUGGAGAUAUUGAAUAUUGUGUCAUCAUCAGAAAUAAGUUCACAGGUGAAAGUAAAGGACUCGGCUAUGUGCGGUACUACAAACCCUCUCAAGCUGCCCACGCCAUAGAGAACUGUGACAAAUCUUACAGGGCCAUCCUGGCUGAACCUCGCAGUAAGAACAACUCCUCUGAAGAUUACUCCGCAGGAGGAACCAGGGGAGGAGAAUACAGCUCUGCUGACUCCGUUAACCAGUACCCCUUCACCACCCCUGAUCAGGGAAGCUACGCGAUGCUGGACCUCCGCCAAAGUGACUUCACUCGCUCUCUGAUGAUGUCCACGCGGGCUGUGGUCUCCCAGGAGCAGAUUUUUGCUUUGUUUGACCUCAUCCCUGGCAUGGAGUACUGCGAGCUUCACAGAGACUCCUAUGGCAUGAGCAAAGGUCACGCUCUGAUUCGCUACAACAAUCUCGGAUCAGCCGUUUAUGCCAAGGAGAAGCUGAAUGGAUUUGAGUAUCCUCCUGGCAAUAGACUUCAAGUGUCUUUUUAUGACGACGGAGAGAGCCCUGCAGGUCGGAUGGCCACUCAGUUUGUCACAGCUCAGAUCAUCUCUUCAGUGUGGAAUGGAGCCUCCAGCAGUCAAAUGAUCAAACCUGCUGGGUACCCGUCUGUCUUAUCAGUGCCUCGGGUUCAGACAGACGUCAACCUGCCUCCCCUGAAGAAACUCGCUCCAUCUGACAGUAAAACCAAAGAGCGCCUGUUUGUGGUCUUCAACCCCUCCACCCUGCCGCACGACGUGCUGGAGGACGUCUUCUGUCGCUUUGGAUCCCUGAUUGAGGUCCAUUUGGUUCCAGGAAGGAAGGUUGGAUAUAUGAAGUAUGCUGACAAACAGUGUGCAGACGAGGCUAUGGCCGUCCUCCACGGUCGGAUUGUCAAUGGAGUAAAGAUGAAGGUGAUGCUGGCUGAUCCUCCUAGAGAGGAGUCUCACAAACGUCCUCGUACUUACUAGGAGAUGAGGUCAAAAAUGAUGGGUAAGUGUCACGUUUUACAGAAAAUAAGCACAGAAUGUCUAAAAUAUCUUAGUUACAUUGUCUUGCAAAAGACUUCAUACACAUUUCGCGUUUUGGCACAAACUUUAAUGUAUUUUAUUGGGAUUUUACGUUUUUAACUAACACAGAGUGGUGCAUCAUUUUAAGCAGAAGGAAAAUGAUUCAUAGUUUUAUUAUUUUUUUAAUUAUAUCUGAAAAGUUUAACUUGCUUAUGUAUUUUCUGCUGUGCACACUUAGACUGAAAUCUUUACGCUUUCUUUCUUGUUAAAUAGCUUUAGCUCAGUGAGUGAAGGGCAUUUAUGAAUGUGGAUUUUUACAUUUUUCCACAGAUUUGCAGUUAGAUUUAGGUCUGGACUUUGACUGGACCCUUUUAUGCUCUGAUCUAAACCAUUCUAUUGUAGCUCUGCUAUAUGUUUAGGGUCAGUAUCCUGCUGGAAGGUGAACCUUUAGCCUCAGCCUCGAGGUUUUCGGCCAGGAUUGCCCUGUGUUUAGCUCCAUCCAUCUUCCCAUCAACCUGCUUUCCUGUUCAGAAAAAGCAUCUCCGCAUCAUGAUGCAGCCAAUACUGUGUCACCCUGUGGAUUGCGGGUUUUAUUGUUAGUUUUUCCCCACAGUGUUUUUCAUAUGGGCCAAAAACCUUGGUCUCCUCUGACCAGAGCCCCUUCAUCCACAUGUUUGAUGCGUCCCCUACAUGACUUGUUAAACUGCUAAUUGAACUAUGGCUUUCUUUCAUAAAUGGCUCUCCUCUUGCCACACUCCAUUAGGACCAGAUCUGAGGAGUACACACCUAAGAGUUCUUCUGCCAAGAUUCUCCCACCUGAGCUGUGGAUUUCUGUGGCUCCUGCAGAGUGAUCUUAGCUGCUUCUCAGACCAAUGCUCCCCUCACCCAGGAGAACAGCCGUGUAGUUGUGCCACACUCUUCCCAGUUUUGGAUGACGGAUUGCUCAGGGCUUUGUCAGAUAUUGUUUGGAAUAUUAUUCUAUAACCUGCUUUAAACUUCACCACUUGAUCCCUGACCUUUCUGUUGUGGUUCUUGGUGGUCUUCAUGAUGCUGUAUGUUUCAGGGUAUCAUACCAGAAUGGGCUAAAUAUGAACCUAAGAUACAGCUGUGCACACAUUUAUUUUAAAAACUGCAUCAUCUUCCUUCCAUUUAACAUGCAACACUUUGUUUUGGUCUACCCCAUGAAAUCCCAAUAAAACCAGUAAAACUUUGUGGUAGUAAUGUGAAUGUAGAAACAUUUGUGGGGUAUGAUGUCUUUUCCAAGGUACUGUCAGCAUGCAAACUCUUGUCUCUUAUUCAGACUACCUGGCAUCAGACUUCUGCCCUUGUUUGAGCAGAUCCAUAUUUCCUCUUAUUGAGAGGACUUGGUAGACAGUGAGAGCUCAGUUAGAUGAGAUGCAGGCUCCUCAGCCCUGCAAGCUCCCAGAGAGCUGAUAGCUUUUUGAUGUUGAAAAGAUGUCAUCAGAAAUGUGAAGAGUUGUUUCCCCUCCUGUUAACACUGCAGCUUCUUGUUCCCCAGGCGACUAUUGUCAUAACAAAAUGACACCUGACCUGACAGACCGACAGAUAUCAACAUCUUCUCCUGACCUCUGACCCGACCCUUUGUCUGACUCGUAUUCAGUUUGUGAAGAGCUUUGUUUUUUCUCUGUUAAAUGAUGUUUCUGUUUGAUUCACAUUUAAAACAAGACUUGUGAUUAAGGCUAGAUUUGAACUUUAAUGCCUUUAGCUAGAUUGUGGUGCAGGCGAUCAGUAUUAUGUUCUGUUGAAGCUGUAAGCAGGAUCCUGCAGUGUGCUAAAAAAAGCUAGAAAACAGGAUUUGUUCGACCUGAAUAGUCAGUUUUUGUUUGCCUACAGCCUGAACUGUAAACCCAUGCUGAGCUCAUGUAAAUGUUAUCAGAUCCUUUUUUUUUUUUUUUUAAUAAAACGUACAUCAAGGUCUGCA